CAUUUUCUCGAGACUGCCUCUCUCUCUGCGAUUCCAAAGAGAAAAUUAGAACCCUUCGAUCCGAGAUAAACCCAUCACCGAAUCACUCUUCAUCAUCACGUCUCUUCUCCAUCAUCGUCUUCUACUUGUCAGUUUCUCUCAAUCGUAUCCAAGAGAAGAACCUUUGUCUUGCGACUUCAAUUCCUAAUCCGACAGUCUACUUUAUCCGAUCGGUGCCGGCGAGAUUCAAGAAAGAAGAAGAUGAGUGGUGAAGUUGUUAUAGCUGCUAGAGUUUAUCGUGAGCUUCUUAAAGCAGUGGUGAAACAUGUUGGUAAAGAAGAUUACAAGUCUCAUUUCAUUGACUUUGUGAAGCAAGAAUUCCGGAAGAAUGCAAACUCGGAGACUAUCAACCUUGCCCGCAAUUACACUUAUCUUCUCAAUAGCAUUCACUCUCACAAGGAUUUGUUGUUCUCAUACAACAUUGCGGUUGAUAGAACUGAAGAAAUGAAACGAGUGCUUAAUAAAUCUGCAGCUAGUGUAGGGCUUCGUCUUCCUGAAAAAUAUGUGUACCAAGAGCAUAUUCAUGACCUUGAUAUGUUUGAUGGAAUCGGGCUAAUGCAAUUUCCAACCUGCCCCCAAGAAGCAGUUCUGUUGCAGAAGGAUAUUGCAGAGGCUAAGGACUUCUUCAAGCACAAAGGGGUAGAUGUUGGAUCGAAUUGACACAAAGGCUUUUAACGACCAACUAUCAGGAAUAGUUUUUGUUAGUCACAAAGACCUUAAAUGUACUGUUUGGAUCUUUUGAAUUAAACAGUGUUUCUGAGU